UGGACAAAAGCAAGUCAGGCCAUUUGCUAGGAUUCCUGAGCUAGAGCUACCAUACCAAUAGAACCUGAUUUUCUGAGGUCAGGCCACAGGACCAGAUGCCCAAAGAAUCAAGCCACAGAUGCUCCCCACCCAUCACCUCCACUCUCGGUUUGCAAGCAUUUUCCUUACAACGGCCCCAGAAGAUAAACAAGGGAUCUGGCCAUUCCAUUCAGAACGUGCUGUUAUUCCACUGACCUUAGUGGCUCAGGACCUGAAGGCUCCCACAAUGGGCUGUGUGCCCUGUAAGGAGAAGGCAGGAUCAGAUGCCAAGCUUGAGGCCUUCAGUGAGGACAAUGCUAGAGGAAAUCAAGGCCAUGGGGACCGCUAUAGUCCUGAGCCCACCAGGGUUAUCUCCCCUUCCCCCCGCCACAACCCCAACCUCAAUAAUUUCUCCCAACAAGUCAGCAUGCCACCCUUCCUGAAUCCUAUUUCCUCAAAGCCUGGAGGCAUGGCAGGGGCUGGAGUAACUCUUUUCAUUGCCCUUUAUGGAUAUGAUGCCAGGACUGAGGAUGACCUCACCUUCACAAAAGGAGAAAAAUUCCACAUCCUCAACAACACUGAGGGCGACUGGUGGGAGGCCAGAUCCCUGAGCUCUGGACGCACCGGAUACAUCCCUAGCAACUAUGUGGCUCCUGUGAACUCCAUCCAGGCGGAAGAGUGGUACUUUGGGAAGAUAGGUCGGAAGGAUGCUGAAAGGCAGCUGCUGAGCCCCAGCAACCCUCGAGGAACCUUCCUUAUCCGGGAAAGCGAGACCACCCAAGGGGCCUAUUCUCUGUCUAUCCGAGACUGGGAUGAGAAUAAGGGGGACCAUGUAAAACAUUACAAGAUCCGUAAACUGGACAAUGGCGGGUAUUACAUCACCACACGGGUCCAGUUCGACUCUGUCCAAAAGUUGGUGCAGCACUACACUGAAUUCAAUGACGGGCUAUGCUACCUACUCACGAAGCCUUGUGCCAUCAUGAAACCAGGAACCCUAGGCUUGGGUAAAGAUGCCUGGGAGAUCAGCAGAGACUCCAUCAUCCUGGACCGAAAACUGGGCAUGGGCUGCUUUGGGGAUGUGUGGAUGGGCACUUGGAACGGCUGCAUCAAGGUGGCAGUGAAGACACUGAAGCCUGGCACAAUGUCUGCACCAGCCUUCCUGGAGGAGGCCCAGAUCAUGAAGAGGCUGCGUCAUGACAAGCUGGUGCAGCUGUACGCCGUGGUGUCUGAAGAGCCCAUUUAUAUCAUCACAGAGUACAUGAUCCAUGGGAGUCUGCUGGAAUUCCUCAAGGAGGGUGAAGGUCAAGAUCUGAGGUUGCCCCACCUAGUAGACAUGGCGGCUCAGGUGGCCACAGGCAUGGCAUACAUGGAACGCAUGAAUUACAUUCACCGGGACCUACGGGCAGCCAACAUCCUCGUGGGGGACAGACUAGUGUGUAAGAUCGCCGACUUUGGACUGGCACGGCUCAUUGUGGAUGAUGAAUACAACCCCCGCCAAGGUACCAAGUUUCCCAUCAAGUGGACUGCUCCAGAGGCUGCACUCUUUGGCCGGUUCACCAUCAAGUCUGAUGUCUGGUCUUUCGGGAUCUUGCUCACUGAACUCAUUACCAAGGGCCGGAUCCCCUACCCAGGUAUGAAUAGCCGGGAGGUGCUGGAACAGGUGGAACGAGGGUAUCGAAUGCCAUGCCCCCCUGGAUGCCCACCUUCUCUAUAUGAGAUCAUGCAACAGUCAUGGCAUCAGUCUCCUGAGGAAAGACCUACUUUUGAAUACCUGCAAUCCUUCCUUGAGGACUACUUCACAUCCACUGAACCCCAGUACCAGCCAGGUGAUGAGUCCUAGCCCCUGCUUCAUGCCACCAGAACCCCGGACACCAUGAACCCUGCCUACUACAGGACCCUACCAGUCCUUCAGCCCUGUCCCUGGCAGCUUCAUUCCAGGGUCUGAUUUGAGGGACAGGUCAAGGACAUUUUUUCUAAUCCCUACCUCUACUCCAGGCACAACCUUUCCCAAAAGGAUAGACUUGAACUGCCUCCUAGUCUGGGCCUCACCUCCUAACCUUCAACUUUCACUAGUCCAUCCUUAGCUUUCCCAAUUCUUAAGGUUCAUCCUCUUGGCACUCCAGACACCUCUGCUCUGACAUUAUUUAUGAAGCCAUUCUCCCUCCCUUAUCUGGCCCCUAGCAAUCCUCCCAUCCUCAUCCCUUUCUGGACACUCACCCAUCCACCCACAGGCCCUUUCCUCUCGUUUGUCUUUUCCUCCUGUCGUAGCUCCCUAUUUCUGUUCCCUCCAGAUUCUUUCUCCCUCUCUUGCCACUGUGCCUAGAACUGGGGGUGGUGUGGGAGAAGGACCAUACUCACCUACUCUCUGUAGCCUGUGUGUUUAUUUUUUAAUCAAUUCUGUAAAUAAAGAAAAAAAAACAUGA